CGCGCCUGCGCGCCCGCCGCGCCUCCUCCCCCGCCCCUCACUGCUGCCGCUGCUGCUUACUGCUGCACUGACCGCCGGCGUCCGCGCCUCAGGGUUACUGAUUUAAUCUUAAGACUCCUCUACUCUCAUCUGUCCUCAUGGAUGAACUUCAGGAUGUUCAACUCACAGAGAUCAAACCACUUCUAAAUGAUAAGAAUGGUACACGAAACUUCCAGGACUUUGACUGUCAGGAACAUGACAUAGAAACAACUCAUGGUAUGGUCCACGUCACUAUAAGAGGUUUGCCAAAGGGAAACAGACCAGUCAUCCUGACAUAUCAUGACAUUGGUCUAAACCAUAAAUCCUGUUUCAACACAUUCUUUAACUUUGAAGAUAUGCAAGAGAUCACCCAGCACUUUGCUGUCUGUCAUGUGGAUGCCCCAGGCCAGCAGGAAGGUGCACCCUCUUUCCCAACAGGGUACCAGUAUCCCACAAUGGAUGAGCUUGCUGAAAUGCUGCUACCUGUUCUUACCCACUUAAGUCUGAAAAGCAUCAUUGGGAUUGGAGUUGGAGCUGGAGCCUACAUCCUCAGCAGGUUUGCACUCAAUCAUCCUGAGUUAGUGGAAGGCCUUGUGCUCAUUAACGUUGACCCGUGUGCUAAAGGCUGGAUUGACUGGGCAGCUUCCAAACUCUCAGGCUUGACAACCAAUGUUGUGGACAUUAUUUUGGCUCAUCACUUUGGGCAGGAAGAGUUGCAGGCCAACCUGGACUUGAUUCAAACAUACAGACUACAUAUUGCCCAAGAUAUCAACCAAGAAAACCUACAGCUCUUCCUGGGUUCCUAUAAUGGACGCAGAGACCUAGAGAUUGAAAGACCCAUACUGGGCCAAAAUGAUAACAGAUUGAAAACAUUAAAGUGCUCUACUUUAUUGGUGGUAGGAGACAAUUCACCUGCUGUUGAGGCUGUGGUUGAAUGCAAUUCUCGUCUCAACCCUAUAAAUACAACUUUGCUAAAGAUGGCAGACUGUGGGGGACUACCCCAAGUAGUUCAGCCCGGGAAGCUCACCGAGGCCUUCAAGUACUUUUUGCAGGGAAUGGGCUACAUCCCGUAUGUGCAACUCAGUCACCUCAGCACUGAGUCAGUACCAUCUGCCAGCAUGACCAGGCUCGCCCGAUCCCGAACACACUCAACCUCGAGUAGCAUUGGCUCUGGAGAAAGUCCCUUCAGCCGGUCUGUCACCAGCAAUCAGUCAGAUGGAACUCAAGAAUCCUGUGAGUCCCCUGAUGCCCUGGACAGACACCAGACCAUGGAGGUGUCCUGCUAAGCAGAUGCUCCUCCCCGGACCAUGCAAGUCUACCCUUCUUCAGACGACACUCCAUAAUAUAACAUUUCAUCCUGUAAACUGGCCUCCUCUAUCUUUAACUCAUGCAUGGCCACUGAACCUCUCCUAGUAGCCUGGAUUUAUCAUUCUCCGCCCACCUACCCUUUUUUUGUAUCUUCCAAGAACCACAUCCAUGCCAUUACUGUAACAUUCCAGCAUCUUUAGCUGAUCCAAUCUCUACAUCUUCUCUUGCCAGCUUUUCCUAUGUUCCCCUAACGAUGUAUCUGAUAAGAUUCUUUGAUUCCCAACUCCAUGUGUGUGCAAGCACGCGUGUCUGUGUUUGUGUGUGCAUAGUUCUGUGAUUUUAGACAUGCUUCCUUGUGGCGCUUCUGCAAAAACAGAAAAAGGGACUUUUUUUUUUUUCUUGUUUUUUUUUUUUUUUUUUUUUUUUUUUUGCAUUCCCAAUGGUUUUUUUUAAGGGAAAUGUUCAGAACAGAUAUCUAAGUGGGGUAAGCCACUAGAUUCUCUUUUGGUUCCAAAUUGGUCAACAAGAUUUGCAGAGUGAUUUCUGAAGAGAGCAGCUCUGAGGAACGUGGAAAAGCAUAAUUACUGUUUGGACCAGUGAUUGAUUGUGACCAAUAGCAGAAGUGCUGCCUGUCACAUAAGAGGUAGGCAGAGUGGACAGCCACCUCCCUUUGUCCAAAUGGAUUCACAAUGCAUCCUGUAAAAAAAGGGAGGGAUCUAUCCUGCUGGAACCCCAUGAACAAUGAGGUUCUGACAAAACAGGGAGUUUAGUCCCAAGGAGUAGCUUAAUUACUGAACUCUCAGUACAGAAAGAUGGAAAACAAAAUACCAGGCCUCCGCUCUGCAGAGCAAAACCGCUGUUGCUGAGCAUCUGUUACCACUUAUCAGACAUCACAUCUACAAGAAGUGCCUCCCAUGAAGAGUGGUUCUCCAUUCCUCAGUCCCAAAAAAGGGAGAGGUAUGGCUUAAACAUGUCAAUGGUGAGGACGUGAAAGGGGGAAGAGCAACAGUCAUUAACACAGUUUCAUGUUGAGUAAUUGUAGCCUUGAUUUCAGCAAACUCCUGGAAACCAAACAAAAUGGAUGUAGAACCCACUUCUGAGAAAGAGUCUUAAUCCUACGAACUCCCUUUUUGUAGAAGGGAGGCACCCAGUCUGUAAGGGAAGCCACAUCCAGGUAAAAUUGUAGCCUCCAGUCUGCUGUCAGCAAGGGUGUCACCAAUAGGAGAAGGGUGAGGUAAUUGUGGAGAUCCAUGCCAUAAGCAGGAGCCCAGCUCUCAGAAGCAUGAGAUGCAAGCUCAGGGUUACACAGUUCCGAAUCUUGAAGAAGAGACUUUUCAGACACAUUGUUUGCUUUCUGCUAAGAUAAGGAAUGCAUCACUCUGCCAGAGUACAACUUUUUACAAAUUAUUAAUAAAGCUGUAUAUGUGUCAUUGUUACCUGA